CUUUACACCUUUUAGAGGAGAAUAUAGAAUAUGCUCUGAGAGCUAGGUUUUGGGGCAUGGAUUCUUACAGGACAUGGGAUAUAGCGCACUGGCCAGAGGACAUCGUGCUGUGCGUGGAUGUGGAUUUGGAGAUGGAUUCCGAGCUCAAGAAGGGCCACGCACUGACGAGGAUGGAUGCGAUCAAGCAAGCGCUUCUAAUGUUCGUGCAUUCCAAGCUCCUCAUGUCGGCCGAUCACGCAUUUUCCAUCGCUACCAUCGGACAGGGGGCUUCUUGGCACUCACACCAAUAUCUACGCGACUUCGAUGCAAUCUCGACCUCGAUUCGCAGCUUGAGCUCUCAAGGCUCUUACACAAAGUGUGACCUCUCCAGCCUCUUUCAGCUCAUACUUCCCGACGCCAGAGCCUCCAAGAAACGAAGUCGAGCUUUUCGAGUGAUCCUCGUCUACUGCAGAUCAAACACUGUUCCAAAGUUUAACAUCCACAUUCCGGAUCCAAGCCUUGUAGUUUUCGACGCUCUCUACCUCCACGACAAGCCAAAUCCCAGCAACUGUCCCCAGCAAGUGUACGAUGCUCUGGUGGAGAUUUUGGAGAGGGUUCACGCUCACAGUUACAUCUUUGAGAGUGGAGGUGGUCUCACGCGUGUGCUCUUCAGACACAUUUGUCAGCUCUUGGCUCAUCCCCAGCAGCGCUGCUUGCAAGACGAUUCUCUUCCUGUGGAUCUUUCCAAGCCGAAUGCUCCGGCCGCUGCUACAGAUGGAUCCGCACAGAAUCAGGUGGAUGAGAAAAUAAACUCGUUGGCGAUAUGAUUUACUUUUUGCCUUAAUCUGCUAAGUUUUGGGAUCUCAAGCACCAAUAAAACAGCAGCGAAUCCGACCUGCCGGAAUCGAACCAGCGACCUAAGGAUGUCUGAGCAACUACAGUCCUCCGCUCUACCAACUGAGCUAAGGUCGGUUUUAUGAUAAACCCGUUUGCUUAGGUAUCUUAAAAAUAUUCUCUUUAAAAAACUAUUUAAUCCAUCAGGAUUUUACUAUCA